AUGGAUCGUCCCAGUCAAAACAGCAUGCUUUCGUCUGUUGCUCAUGGGAGUCGACACUCAGGAUACAUAGAAGAUGUAAGGGCGGGUCCAAGAUCUCGGUCUGACGAUUCUUUGGCCUCUGAAGUGGCCAGAUGGAAGGAUCAAGCGAAAGCGGCUGCGGCGGAGCAACGGAAAGCACAACAGCAAUAUGAGGCAUGUCGAGGGGAGCUCGACGCCUGCAAGGCUCAGCUUCAGAAUGCUUCGAAACAGAUACAAACCCUCAGUCAAAUUAAAGGUGACCUAGAAAAACAGCAGAAGAGGCUUGAAGCUUUCCACAAGGGCUUGAAGGACGAGGUCGCCUCGGUUCAGUCGAAAUUACAUGAAACUGAAUCCCGGCUCACGCGCAAGCUAAACGCAACCCAAGCACUGUUGGAAGCGGCGGGGAGUCUUCCAUAUACAGACCUCCUGGACAAAAUCGAACGAUUCAACAACAGGAUUUCAGAGGUUGCUGUUUUCUUGGAGAAUAACAUCGUCUACAGGUGUCCGGAGGCGUUUCAGGAGGAAUUGGAUCGUGCACGUGAGGACGUGGAGGGGAUAUUAGGCGAACAAUUUUGCCACCUGAUCGUAUCUCAAGCAAAGAACGCGGAUAUUGGUGUCGGGGCUCCCAAUCCACUCUUCGUUGAAGCCGCAGUCCGAGCUUUCGUGGUUGCGGUUUGCGUGUCUGAGAUAUCUCCUCGUAGUGUUUUCGGGGACCGAUUUCGUCCGAAAGACGGUGCCGACUCGGAUCGGCCUUGCCAUCGGCUGGAAACCUCAGUUACACCAUGA